UUUAUUUUUAUUUAUAUUUUAUUAUUAUUUCUACGAUACGAUACGAAGAAGCGUAGCGUAGAAAUACCCCCUUGGAGUUGUUCUUCAUCUUCGUCGUUCCCUUUGUGCCUUUUGCUUCCCUCCACUCAAAUUCUCCGCUUUCUUCUUCCUUGUUUCGAUUCGGAGGAUCGCCUCCGCAUGGUUUGAAGUGUGGGGAGUUCUCUCGCAUUGAUUGCCCACGGAGGAGGAACAGGGCUGGACUGGACUGGACUGGAUUGGACUGGCUGUGUGCGUUCGUAGUCUAUUUGAUUGCUUAAUGUUUAGGAGCAGCAAUCUUACCGCCCGAGUUUUCGAGCGCCAGAUUUGUACUCCUGCUCCUGGCACCAGUGUUCACCGGGCCAGGCGAUUUUAUGAGAACUUAGUUCCAAGUCAUACAAUAUUUGAUGUUGAAUGCCCAGACAUUCUUUUUCGUAAGUUCAGUGAUGAUGGACAGUAUCUUGUGACCUUCAGCAGGAAUCAUCAGGAUCUCAUUGUUUACAGGCCGACGUGGCUGUCGUUCUCGUGCCGAGAGUUAGAUUGUAAUAGUCACGAACUACCUGCUAAAGCUAACAAAUUUGAAAGUUUCUUUUCCCAACUGUACAGUGUGACUCUCUCUUCCAGUGGUGAGCUUAUAUCCAAAGAUUUUUUUCUCUAUUCUGAGAAAAAUCAAUAUGGACUAUUUGCAACAUCGACUGUACAGACUCACGGCGCACCUGCAGUUGGUGGUGCGAUUCCUGGGAUUCCAUCAAUUGAAAAGAUAACCUUUCACCUUGUAAGAUUAGAAGAUGGAGCGAUACUUGAUCAGAGGGUUUUCCAUAAUGAUUACAUUAGCUUGGCGCACAGCUUGGGUGUUUUCUUAUAUGAUGAUUUAGUGGCUAUAGUGUCCCUUCGGUAUCAAAAAAUCCAUAUUCUCCAAAUAAGAGACUCUGGGAACCUUGUUGAUGUGCGCUCCAUCGGAGAAUAUUGCCAUGAAGAUGACGAGCUUUUCCUCAAUUCCAGUGCUCAGUGUAUCUCAAUCCCGCAGAGAAAUAGAACACACAGUAUCGGGAAUGGAUUAAAUCCUAGCCAGGAUGCUCCAGCAGGUUCAUUUCUGAGUGGUUUGAAGCAGCGCUUGCUUUCUUAUAUAUAUCAAGGAAUAUGGAAUGAGGAAGAUGAUCCAGCACUAAGGAUGCAAUGCCUGAAGAAGAAGUUCUAUUUUAAUUUCCAAGAUUAUGCUGAUUUGGCUAUCUGGAAGGUGCAAUUUCUAGACCGGCAUCACUUAUUGAUCAAAUUUGGCAGUUUUGAUGGUGGAGUGGCUCGGAAUACAGAUAAUCAUCCUGCAUUCUUUGUUGUAUAUAAUAUGGAGACAACUGAUAUUAUUUCAUUUUAUCCGAACUCAGCCGACGAGCUAUACACACUGUUCGAGCUAUUCUCCGACCACUUCCAUUCCUCAUCGAAGAAUUCAUUUUACAUGAACUUCUUGUCGACUCACUCAAACAACGUAUACGCCCAGGAUCAGCUACGAUGCAACAAAACCAAAGCUAGCAGCUUGCCGCAGUUCGUAAAGAAGAUGCUGUCGGCUUUGCCGUUCAAUUGUCAGUCUCAGAGCCCUUCCCCGUACUUCGAUCAUUCCCUCUUUCGAUAUGAUGAAAAGCUGAUUUCCGCAACUGAUCGACACAGACAGCUGACGGAUCACCCGAUCAAAUUCAUUUCGAGGAGGCAUCCGAAUGUACUGAAAUUUAAGAUCAAACCAGGACCAGAAUGCGGGAACAGUGAUACCGGGACAAAGAAGUUCUCGUCAUUUCUAUUCCAUCCUAUUCUACCGCUAGCAAUCUCUGUCCAACAGACGGUAUUUUUGCAGCCGGCCGUCGUAAAUAUUCAUUUCCGUAGAUGAUUAUGAUAUAUGAUAUGAUAAUUUAAUUCUUUGCUUUGGUUGCAAUGCAAUGAUUUUAGGUACAUUUGAUUUGAGCAAUGUACAAUUCGAUGGAUGGAUUACUAAUAAAUAAGGGACAUAUUCAUACAUA